CGCGUCUCUGUCGCCGGCUCGUGUAGCGCGGUGUUACAGUCUCCGAGUCUAGCGAGAGCGCGCCAUGGGCAACUUCUCUUUAUCAUCGAUAAUAAAAUCGCAUUUGAAUUGGUUCUCGCUAUCUGCCAUUGUACCAUUUCCAUUUCCAUUUCCAUCACGAAAUAGUAAAGCCGCACAAACAGCAGGAGGUGAACCAGCAAACGGUUAAUAAAACCUACGCUAUCCCAUUGCUAAACCUGUGAUGAUGAGACUGACUUGAAAGUUGGAGAGCCCAGCCAGCAGUAAAUUUGUAUAUUGAGUGAGUGUGUGCGUGCAUUGUAAAAUUGGCGUAUGCGUGUGCGAUGUACGACGCGGCGUCACUCUAUAUAUAAACACAGCGUCGGAGCUGUCGUUUUUAUUUAUAGUCGUUGGUCGGUCGGUUGGGACGCGCGCAUCUGAUUCAACUAUUAGACGUCGCUGUCGUGGUCGUCGUCGGUCGGCGUCGUUUUCGCCGCCGUCCGCCGUUUUCGCCGUGUGUAGUAGUAGGCAUGUGAUGGACGAGGGUUUUCGGCGUCGUCGUGGUCCUCGUAUGUCGUGGUGAGCGUCAAGAGCCCCCCUCGUUCCGUAAUAUAUAAUAACUUGCGUGCCGUUUCCCGACAUAGGCGUCGAUUUAUCGUGUCAUCGAAUAUCUCUCUGUUAAGUGAUUUGACUAUUAAUACAGCAAAAAGACGAAGAAGAGGGGAAAUUCGGAAAGAUUUAGGAGAGAUAGAAAUAGAUUGGAUAGGGAAAAAGGAAAAGGAAAUAAAAAGGUAUCGGGUGGUAUCGACGACGUAGUGACUGCAGUGCGCAUUAGUGCGAGGAAUAGAUCGAUGAAGGACACGUUGUUGUCGCUCUUGUUUGGUGUUGUGGUGUUGAAGAGGAGCAGGACGCGGAGGAGGAGUUACGGGAGCGCCGAAGGGCGCCGUUGGUGAUGGGAAGAGACGCGCGUUUCGGCGGCGUCCUCUUCUUCUUCUUCUUCUUGUUGGUGGUCUUAGGCCGGUGACCCUGAGGAAUGUUUAUCCCGGACUCGUUGCGCAGCUGCAUGGUGGAGCCCGAUGUGUCCUCGUACCUGCAGAUGCCGUCCUCGGGACAGGACGAGUUCCAUCCUUUCAUUGAGGCUUUACUACCUUUUGUUAAGUCAUUCUCGUACACUUGGUUUAAUCUACAAGCUGCAAAACGGAAAUACUAUAAAAAACAUGAAAAACGAAUGUCCUUAGAAGAGGAACGACAAUGCAAGGAUGCCCUUCAGAACGAAAAGGCUGAAGUUAAACAAAAGUGGGCAUCCAGAUUGUUAGGUAAAUUACGAAAAGACAUAACCCAAGAGUGCAGAGAAGAUUUCGUCCUAAGCAUAACUGGGAAGAGGCCGGCGGUGUGCGUCCUCUCGAAUCCCGAUCAAAAGGGGAAAAUGCGACGGAUAGACUGCUUGAGACAAGCCGACAAAGUGUGGAGACUUGACCUCGUCAUGGUUAUCCUUUUCAAAGCGAUCCCGUUGGAGAGCACGGACGGGGAGAGACUUGAAAAAAACCCAGAAUGCUCUCAACCUGGAUUGUGUGUGAAUCCCUACCAUAUCAACGUCUCUGUUAGGGAACUGGAUUUGUAUUUGGCUAAUUUCAUCAACAGUCAUGAAAUACUGAGCGGUGUUAAUUAUAAUAACAACAAUAACACAAAAAAGGACGAAGAACGAAAAAAUAAAGGAUAUACGCAUAAUCCGUACAAUGGGGUAGUUUGUAACGACAUAAUAAUGGCAACAGGGGUAUUUUCAUCCAAAGAACUGUGGAGGUUAUCGAAAUCUUCAAUUUUACAAGAAAUGUCGGAACCACAACCCAAUAUAAAUAGUGUGAAAGUAGAACAUUCUGGUUAUUACUGUAAUAGUUAUUCGGAUCAAGGAGCAGCAGUUGCUACUGAUCGUCCAACUUCUGUAGAAACUAUGGUCGUUUCUGCUACAUAUUCAAUGCCUCAAAAUACAGCGUUAGUAUCGACGAGUUCCCAAGUAGCGAGCCCUAGUACAUUAUUUUACCAGCAUAGCCCUGACACUCAUCAGCAUCACCAAAAUCAAGUGAAGUAUCCCGAGAACGGUCAUGACACGUUAACCGAUUUCGUUACUUUCGUAUGCCAAGAAACGGAUAACAGUUCUCAGGGUGUACAAAUGCAACCAAAUAUAUCAAGGAGUCCGAAAUCGCAGUAUUUCCCUACGACAAUGUUACCGCCGCCACCGUUGCCUCCGAUGGCCCGACCAGUGGCGAUAAUCCGGUCGACGGGUGACGUGAACAUGAGCGGCACGAACUCCCCUCCGGCCAGUAUAACACCCCCCGGAAGCGAAGCGUCUCCGGCAAACGACGUGCCCGAGCUGAGCUCGUCUCCGCCGCUGAGCCCGGGCAACCAGGAUCGAAGGAAAUCGCCGAGUCAGCGUAACAGCUCGGUACCAACGAGCAGUCCUUAUUCUCCGAGCCGGGAUUACUCUUUCAACCACUUCCACGCCCAGCCGGGACAUGUUGGUAGUGCUUGCGGGGAGAUACGUGACGUAGGACCUAACUAUACUCUGUUACAGCUCUUCAGUUACCCCACUAUGAGCGGGAUGUCUGGCGUUAUCAGUCCUACCAACCUGAGCAUGUACUCUCCCAACGUGAGUACAUCGAGAGGCACUCCGCGUUCUAGCGCGAUCCCGAGGUGGAGCACGCCCAUGUUCACCCUCGAUCAGGAGGAUUUCGGUAUGAUUUCGCACCCGGUCGUAUCGGGCUCGAACACUGAGCAGAAUACCGUGAUCCUAAUGGACGAAGCGACUGCAGCCGCCGCUGCCGUGGCCGCAAGCGGUCCUACCGAUCAUGCAAGUCAGUGCUGUUCUAGUGCGAACCUAAUGUGUGAAGCGGACCGUUUCUUUCAAGCUACUGUUCCCGACGACGGACUUGAAACGAGUCCGGCGGGAACGUCUCGGGAACAGGACUCGCUCUCGUCCCAGAGCAAGUCGCCGUGACUCGUUUAUCCUCGAACCCCAUAGAUACGCUCGCAUCUUCUUCUACGUCCUGUAAUAAUAUUCUUCCUCAGCUCGUUUUCUUUUCAACAAUAAUUACAAUCCGCGACAAUUUUAUGGCCUCAUAGACGAACUGUCCAACGUACAAAAAAAUAAAAUGGCACUAUGAACGAACUGAAUACUUACUAUCGACAAUGCUCAUAAAAAAUAUUCGAAAUGUUCGUUGAAGCAUCUCUAUUUUAUACUACAUAUUCUUCGUUAGUGUUAUACGAGGAGGGGUUACUAAUUACGAUAACGGGAUUAUACUAUACUAUAACUAUACUAUACUGUACCAUGACACCUGUACAUAUAUUAUGAAAAUAUUGUAUAGGUAUCUGUAUCUACUAUCACCACAACGACAACAAACUGCCUUACGAUGAUAUUCUGCAGCUUUCUUGCCGAUGUUUAUGUGUAACGAUUAUGUUGAGUUAUUUCAUCAUUUGCGUGUCUCGGUACGCAUAGAGGCUGCUCAAUUAGCGUAGACUGUAGACUAGUUUGUACAAUUACUUACUUAUUAAUACCUAUACUUAAAAUAAUAUAUGAAUAU